ACCCCUGAACGACAUUUUGAGAAGACUUUCUUUAGAAGCAAUGUUUGAGCUGAAACAAGGACGCUAGACAAAGCUAGGUGUGUGACUGUCUGGGGGAAUUUUUCCACUCAAACACUUGGAAAACCGCUCAGCAUCUGUAGUACAGGGGCACUGUGAUGCUAAACAACGUGAGCCUUUUAAGUUGUGACGUUCAUGUGAAGAUUCUGGGGCAGGAAUGCAGUAGUUGAGUUGGAGGCCCAGCAAGCAGCCCUUGCUGUAAAAGAGCUAGGUGGGUGAAGGGCAUCUAGGACAGGGCUGGAGUGUGGAGGAGGAGUGUUCCUCUCGGCAAGGCAGAGCCCCAGACUAAGCUCGCCUGAGGUCUCUCCCAGGAAGCGGUGCAGUAAUAUUUGGAGCUGGCCGCAUCUCCAGUGAAUAGCACUCCGCAGGGACCUGCUCCUGGUCAGAGCCAUUUGGAAGGGACAGCCAGGGCCGGUGCAGGGCGGGAUGUAAUUAUCUACAAAUGAGCCCCUCAAGCACUGGAUCUUGUCCGGGCCACAGCGAUCAGGCGAACUGGGCAGCAGGCCAGGCUGAGUGUGCGUGGGCGCGCGGGGCCUGAAUUAUUUCCUUUCUCCCAACUGGAACAAGUCCUGGGCUUCCAGUCUGUCUAAAACAAAACCAGUCUCUUCGCGCAGCCCCAGGGCCCAGGGCCAUGGAUCGAGGGUUCAGGGCAGCGGGGCAGGCUAGGCUGCACUCCCAGGCCUUCCUGGGAGCGCAGGAAUCCUCAGCUCAUCCCACCCGGGCCCCAAGUCUGCACAAAGCCCUGCUCUAUUUCCUCCACCCAGGGCUAUUUUUAGCCGCUAAGAAGGAUUAUGGAGUGGCGGCCAGGGAAGCCAGGCGGAGGGGCCGGGCCGGGUGCGGGACAACAAGGCCCAGGGGGCCUCACUGGGGCUGCCACACCUGGAGAGUCGCCAAAUUGCCUUACAGCAGCCCGUCCAGACCACGGGGAAGCUCGGCUCUAAGGGGAGACAGCAAGGCCAGGAGGGCGGCCAGGCAGUGACUGGAGCCUCCACAGAGCCGGAUGCUGUCAGCCCUGAACAACUUGGUGUGGCACGAGAGGAUCUGGCUACCACCCAGCAAGACAUGGACAGACAUGGAAGACCAGGACGGCAUGGUCCUGGCCCACCCCCGGGACAUACUAGUGGCCCUGCCCCUGAUACUGAUGCUGGUGACAGCACGCCUCGCCUUCGACAGAUUCAUAGGCAUGCCCGCGUCCCGCUGGCUGGGCAUGCGGGAUCCCACCAGGAAGCAGGUGAAGCCCAACCCCACGCUGGAGAAAUACUUCCUCCAGAAAGGACAGAAACCCGAAGAGGCCCAAGUGGCCCUCCUGGCUGCCCAGUGUGGCCUCACGCUGCAACAGACUCAACACUGGUUCCGGAGACGCCGGAACCAGGAUCGGCCCCACAUGUCCAAGAAGUUCUGUGAGGCCAGCUGGAGGUUUCUCUUCUACCUCAGCACCUCCAUUAGUGGCAUCUUGGUCCUGUACCCUGAGCCGUGGCUGUGGGACGUGGCAGAGUCCUGGAGAAAUUACCCAAGCCAGCACCUGAAACCAGCCCUGUCCUGGUGGUACCUCACGGAGCUGAGUUACUACAGCUCGCUGCUCCUCAGGCUGCCCUUCGACGUCAAGCGCAAGGAUUUCAAGGAGCAGGUGAUGCACCAUUUCGUGGCUGUCUUCCUGAUCUUCUUCUCCUACGGCGCGAACCUGGUGCGCAUCGGGUCUCUGGUCUUGCUGCUGCACGACUUCGGCGACUGCCUGCUGGAGGCCUGCAAGGUGCUCAACUACAUGCGCCUCUCGCUAACGUGCGACAUCUUGUUCUUCAUCUUCGCCUCGGUCUUCUUCUACACCCGCCUCAUCCUGAUGCCCACCACGAUCAUCUACUCUGUGUACUAUGACUCCAUGAAGCAGUUCACCCCCUUCUUUGGCUACUACUUCUUCCUCACCCUUCUGGUGUCACUCAACAUGCUGCACGUGUACUGGUUCAGCCUCAUCCUGCGCAUGCUCUACAACUACCUGGUGAAGGGUCAGAUGACAAAGGACAUUCGCAGUGAUAGCGAAGAGUCCAGCUCCAGCACUGACGAGGCAGCGCCUGGGCAUCCCCAGCUGAAGAAUGGGAUGGCUUGCAGGCCUGGGCCGGCCCUGGCUGGCAGCCGCCGGAGCCGGGCAAAAGGGCAGCUGGCCAAUGGGCACACAGCCGCCACUUAGCCAGCGGGGCCUGGCUUUGGGGGCAGCUGCCCAUCCAGGGGACGCAGGGAGGCCCCACCCACAGUGGGCAAGGGGUGAUGAUCUGUCCCCAGGCCCUUUCUUCUGGACAAUGACAGGAUAUCGGUGGCAGGCUAGAACCACCUCAGGCUGCAGCCCUGGGGGCUGCAUUGAGCCCUGGCUGAGAGGAAGUCAAAAGCCCAGCAUGGUGGCAUACACCUGCCAUCCCAGCACUCAGGAGGCUGAGGCAGGAGGAUUGCCACAAGUUCGAGGGCCAGCCUGGACUACAUAACGAGAUCUUGUCUCAUAAACAGAAUAAGAGAGGUUCAAUAAAACUUGAACUAAAUUCUCCGCCUGAGAACCUGGGUCCCUGUCAAGUUCUUGCCCCUUCCCCAAAACGCAGAGGGUGCCAAGCUGUCCCCUUACAUGCUCCCCAAGACAGGACACUCACACCGAU